CUGCGAAUUAAAAAAAACAAUGUUUUCUCAUUAAUUUUGGUGUAAUAGAACAUGUAUAACUAAUACCUGCUAUAUAAAUAAAUAUACAAUCAGCAUCUCAGUCACGCAAUAAAUAAAAUUAUAGUACAAAAAGCAGUGGCUCAAUAAUUGUAUCCUGGCUCAAUAAUGUGCAUAAAUUGAACAAUUGUAGCAUGCAGUAUUUUCCAUUAAUAUAUUUAUUGCCUUUGUUGAUUAUAAGGUUUAUUAACAUAUUAAAAUGUAAUGAAGUGAGCGGAACUAUAAAAUCUAUCGAUCAGGAUGAAAAUUUUCUGAAAUAUCUUGACAUACGAUCAUUUAAAUUGACUAAAUAUAAUAAAACAACGAUGACAAUUCAUGGAAAAAUAAAGGUUUUCCAGCCACUUACAGAUAUAAAGAUAACCUUUAAAUACUAUAAAAAAAUGGGUAAUGGAUACAUUCAAGUUCCAUUGGUUGAGUUGAAUAAAGCAGACUUAUGCAACAUUAUGAGCAUGCCACAGUUUGAUGUAUAUUUUCAGGAUUUUUUUAAACAAACAGAUAUGCCAUAUGAUUGUAAAAUGUAUCCGGGCGAAUAUAAAGUUUUUGACUUAAGAGCAACGAUUCCAAAAAACAUGCCAAGGGGUAGUUUUAGAUCAGACUGUAAGUUUUUUCAAAAUGAUGAAUGUGUAGGCAGAUUUCAGAUUUAUCUAUUGGUUGAGUAA